AUGGGUUCAACGUCCUCACAGCCAGCCCCGAGCCCUCAGGGCAGCCGCAGAUAUCUGCACGCCCAAGCUGCUAGGUCUAUCAUCGCAGAGGAAGACGACGCUACCGAUGCCGCUGAACGCCUGGCCCGAGAAGCCAUCGACUACUUUGGAGAAAGCGAAUGGUACACAGCUCGAAGUGAAGUCGACCUUUCCCUUCAGCACUUGCGCGACACACCGGGCACAUACGACAAUCCCUACGAUAUCAACGGCCACGUUCACGCCGCUUUGCGAGGUUGUGCCAAGCAAGCCGUUCCUGUUCGGAACACGAUCGACUUCCUGACGAGGGAUGCUGUGCUGGGACUUUCUAGCCACCUUAGGUACCAUGGGCAUGGAGGAACUCAGUUUUGA